GGCCGGUGACGUCAGGGCGCGCGCGCCGGCGGCGGGGCCGGGAUGCACCGGCGGGGGGUGGGGGCGGGGGCGAUCGCCAGGAGAAAACUGACCGAGGCCAAGUACAAGGAGCGAGGGACGGUGCUGGCCGAGGAUCAGCUGGCCCAGAUGUCCAAGCAGCUGGAGACGUUCCGGACGCACCUGGAGGCGUUUGCCAGCAAGCACAAGCAGGAGAUCCGGAAGAGCCCGGAAUUCCGGCUGCAGUUCCAGGACAUGUGCGCCACCAUCGGCGUGGAUCCCCUGGCCUCUGGAAAAGGUUUCUGGGCGGAGAUGUUGGGAGUCGGGGAUUUCUACUACGAGCUGGGGGUGCAGAUCAUCGAGGUGUGCCUGGCGCUGAAACACCGCAACGGAGGGCUGAUCACGCUGGAGGAGCUGCAGCAGCAGGUGCUGAAGGGGAGGGGGAAAUUCGCUCAGGACGUCAGCCAGGAUGAUCUGCUCCGGGCCAUCAAGAAGCUGAAGGUUUUGGGGAAUGGAUUUGGGAUCAUCCCGGUGGGAGGAACAUUCCUGGUGCAGUCGGUGCCAGCGGAGCUGAACAUGGAUCACACGGUGGUGCUGCAGCUGGCAGAGAAAAAGGGAUUUGUGACGGUCAGCGAGAUCCGGGCCAGCCUCAAGUGGGAGACGGAGCGAGCGAAGCAGGUUCUGGAGCAGCUGCUGAAGGAGGGCAUGGCCUGGCUGGACGCUCAGGCUCCGGCUGAGCCGCAGUUCUGGCUGCCCGCGCUCUUCCCUGAGCUGCUCGCCCAGGACGGAGCCGCCCCGCAGCCCUGAGCGCGCCGGGAUCAUCGGGAAUUCCAGCUGGGAUCCUCGGGAAUUCCAGCUGGGAUCAUCGGGAAUUCCAGCCGGGAUCCUCGGGAAUUCCAGCCGGGAUCCUCGGGAAUUCCAGCCGGGAUCCUCGGGAAUUCCAGCUGGGAUCAUCAGGAAUUCCAGCUGGGAUCCUCGGGAAUUCCAGCUGGGAUCAUGGGGAAUUCCAGCUGGGAUCAUCAGGAAUUCCAGCUGGGAUCCUCGGGAAUUCCAGCCGGGAUCCUCGGGAAUUCCAGCUGGGAUCAUCAGGAAUUCCAGCCGGGAUCAUCGGGAAUUCCAGCUGGGAUCAUGGGGAAUUCCAGCUGGGAUCAUCGGGAAUUCCAGCUGGGAUCAUGGGGAAUUCCAGCUGGGAUCAUCGGGAAUUCCAGCUGGGAUCCUCGGGAAUUCCAGCUGGGAUCAUGGGGAAUUCCAGCUGGGAUCAUCGGGAAUUCCAGCUGGGAUCAUGGGGAAUUCCAGCCGGGAUCAUCGGGAAUCCUGGCUGGGAUCCUCGGGAAUUCCAGCUGGGAUCAUGGGGAAUUCCAGCUGGGAUCAUGGGGAAUUCCAGCUGGGAUCAUGGGGAAUUCCAGCUGGGAUCAUGGGGAAUUCCAGCUGGGAUCAUCGGGAAUUCUAGCUGGGAUCAUCGGGAAUCCUGGCUGGGAUCCUCGGGAAUGCCAGCCAGAAUCCUUGGGAAUCCUGGCUGGAAUCGUCUGGAAUCCCUGCUGGAAUCCUCCGCAAUCCUGGCCAGAGACCUCAGCAAUACCGGCUGGAAUCCUCCGGAAUCCCUCCUGGAGACCUUGGGAAUCCCUCCCAGAAUCCUCGGGAAUCCCCCCUGGAAUCCCUUCUGGAAUCCUCCAGAAUCCUGGCUGGAAUCCUCCAGAAUCCUGGCUGGAAUCCUUCCUGGAAUCUCUCCCAGGAUCCUUGGGAAUCCUUCUUGGGAUCCUCAGGAAUCCCUCCCGGAAUCCUCGGGAUCCCUCCUGCCCCCGCAAUCCCAGGGACAGCGGGACUGGGAAUAAAGUUUUGUAAAAGGUU